AUGGCAGAUACAAAAUUAAACAAAGUCGGAAUGGAACAGGCAGAAUUAGUCGGCCGCCGGUUACGAAAAGUGAACUUCCUUCAUAUUUAUACCAGUGACUUGAGUCGAGCAAAGAAGACGGCUGAAGCUAUUGCUCAGUAUCAUAAAGAUGUUCCUCUUACAGUUGAUACGAGGCUCGGAGAGAAGGAUUUCGGCCGUUUAAGCAAUUUAUCCAUCCACGCCGCACUCAAUCUAAUCAAAACCGAAGACGGUUUAUGGGAGGAUUAUGGAGAAUCAAAAGAAACAUUCUCGUUACGCGUAAUUUCUUUCUUUCAAGAAAUAAUCGGCAAGCACCUUCCGCCGACUAACGCAAUCGAAACUCCCAAAAAGACUACCCAUAUCUGUGUCGUUACACACGGUGGAGUGAUCAAUCGGUUUGUCAAGGAAUACUUGAUUAUGGAAUUGGGCUUUUUCGUCAAGGAUUACAAGAGCAUACAACAUAAACCCAAGAAUUCGAGCAUAACGAAAGUGACAUUGACGAGGAUAGAAGAAGGGGAAGACGAAGCGAAAGUGGGACAUGGUGAAGAAUUGAAAAUUGAGGGAGAAGUGCAACUAUGGAGUGAUGUUUCCCAUUUGUCUAAAUUUAAUAAGAAAACGCGUGGCGAUACUGCUAUUGAUGAUUAUGUGCAUUAG